GUCUCGUCUGAAUGUUAAACUAAACUAAAAUGGUGAAUUACUACUAGCAACUUGGAGGAAACCUACGCUGUUAGCUACGCGGUGUGUGUCAUAGCUCCAUUGUCAUUUCCAACUCACCAUGUUGUUUGUAGCUUCACCCUGAAAUGAGCGUGGAUGACAACACAACAAAAGAGACGUAGCUGGACGCAUUUCAUUUUGGUCCGAGGCUUUUCAUGGACACUAUGCACUACUGUGGCCCUCGCACGCAGCCAUGCCCUGAAGUGAGGUCAGGCAGCAGCGAAAAAGAUCAGAGACAUGGCAGUAUAUCGGGGAACCAGUGGGGAUUCACAGUUUUAUUCAACAGUCUGGAGGCGUGCGGCGCAUUUAGAUACUGCGAACUGUUCGUGGCGGAGAUCCUUCUCGAUGAGAACUUAAGUGAAAAUGCAGAAGAGACGCGGCAAGUCCUGCUGAAUAACUUCAGGGUCGUCCACGCAAGAAAUCCACAGGAAUUCCCCUUAAGAGCGGAUUUUAGGGACGAAGAAGGCUCAGAUGAUAACCGCAGUUCCAGUCUUGGUCGUUCAGACGAUGCCUCCGUAGCCUCUGACUACCAGGAUGAUGGAGUUCCUGAGUACUAUGGCGACAUCCCCCCGGUGGCAGCCCAGGACCUCAGCAACAUCCUAAAGCAAGGCAACUUGGAAAAAAAACGAAAAGAGCACAGCUUCUUUGGCCCAGAGUGGCAGAAGAGAUGGUGCGUCCUCAACAAUUCAAUAUUCUACUACUUUGGGACUGAAAAAGAUAAACAGCAGAAGGGCUCGUUUUAUAUCAACGAUUGCAGCGUCCAGCUGGUGACCAACCUGAGAAAAGACUCAAAGAAAAAUUCCUGUUUUGAGAUUUCUGCUCCCGGACGACGGGCCUACCAGUUCACCGCUAGCAGCCCUCAGGAGGCCAGAGAAUGGGUGAACCAAAUCAAUUUUGUACUUAGAGAUCUCAGCUCCAACUUCAUCCCCGUCGAUGAUGAGGAGGAGGAGGAAGAAGAGGAGACCUAUGAUGACAUUGGGGCGACGGCUGAUGCUUCCCCAGUUCUGUCAGCCAAGGCGCCCCAGAGUGCCAAACGAGGAGUAGUCGGGGUAGGAGGAGGAGGAGGAGGAAGAGCAGGACAGGAUUCAGGGGAGGUGGAGGAGGAGGAGGAGGAGGAAGAGGAAGAGGAGGAUAUCUACGAGGUGCUGCCAGAGGAAGAUUUCCAAGAUUCAACAGAUGAAAAUGAUUGGACAUCAGAUUACGCCAACUACUACCAGGGUUUAUGGGAUUGCCCGGCCGAUGAGCCCGAUGAGCUGGAAUUCCAGAGAGGAGAUCUUAUCUACAUCAUUAGCAAGGAGUACAACAUUCACGGCUGGUGGGUCGGCGAGCUGAACGGCUCCGUGGGCAUCGUCCCCAAGGACUUCCUGCACCCUGCCUACAUCCUCUGAGCUCCUACAGGUACCGAGGCACUCUCUUAUCAUCACCAUUAUGGACCAUUACUGUGGCCUAAUACACAGAAACGGUUCCCCUGGUACUCUUCCAGAUUGCGACUGAGGUACGUUGAGUCGUUGACCUGCCAUUUAUGGCAUCUGCUGGCUGGAAGAAGUACUGCGUAAAGCCGCCUGAGCGGGGCGAUGGGAGAGGAUAAAUAUAUGCAACAAACACAUGAUUACAGCAGCAGUUGUCCUAUUUAGGAAAAUGAUUCCAUAAUACUGUUAGAGCCUAAAAUGAACACUGAAUUAUUAAUGUUUCUCUGAAAGGCUUUCUUUUUUUUUUCUUUCUUCUACAGCUGCAGACACGUUCAGCCUUGAAUUCCAUGCACAGAUCUGUCAAAUAAUAUAUUGCAAUUUGAAAAAUUAUCCCUUUUUAUAGCUCAGUUGUUUUAAAUCUGCCGCAGUAGUACAUAUUUACACUAUAAACCUCUAUAACCACUAAAAAAUAGGAAAUCUAUCGAUGUGAAAACUAGGGCUGAAAUUAUUCUGAGUCAAUUGGCAGAAAACUGUUUGCGAGAUUUGUCUUUGUUUUCAUGUAUUUUGAUCUUCAUUUUAAUCUUUUUGAACUUGUAUUUAGCAUUUUCAUAUAUAUAUAUUUUAAACAGUUUAAUAAAAAUAAUUCAGUUGCAUCAUUAAAAUAAUCAUAUGUUCAGUUCACUGGUUAGAAUUAGCAGGAUGUGUCUCAUAAUUUCCUCUGUCAUGCACACGUUAAAUAUUUUCAUUAAAAACGUUUUAUACUUGUG